AUUUUCACCUAAUUCUUUUUUCCUUCCGAAAUUCCUCUCCGGAUUUUAGCUUCAUCUUCUCUCUCUCUCUCUCUAAAUUUCUGCAUUUCCGAAUCCCUGCCUACAUUUUAGCUUAAUUUUCUCUACUACUCUUGAUCUACUGCACGUUCUCUGUAAUUCCUUAAUUGCAAAGUCCUUCCUAUUUCUCGAGAAUCGAGAUCUGUUCCGUGAAGGUCAUUUAUUUGAUGUUACGGAUGAAUUUAGUGACGAUUCUGGGUUCUCCACAAUUCUAGCUGUUUUAUAGCAAAUUCUGAGUUUCUAAGCCGAAGUAUUUCAAGUGGAGAAUUGCGCUUUCUGUUCUUGAUUCUGAGCUGAAUUGACUGAAAAAGGAGAAAGACAAAGAAGACUCACACAUGUCACAGGUUUCUAUAGAUACAGAGAUAGUUGAAACGGAGUCGUGUUCUGGAGGUUCUCACCCCUUCAGAAAUCUGAGAGGCGUAAGGUGGCGUAUAGAUUUGGGGAUUUUACCAUCUUAUCCUUCAGCCUCCGUCGACGAUCUCCGCCGGAUUACCGCCGAUUCUCGGAGAAGGUAUGCUGCGUUAAGGAGACAGCUUCUAGUUGAUCCGCACGUGCCGAAAGAUGGAAGUAGCUCUCCUGAUCGUGUCAUGGACAAUCCACUAUCCCAAAACCCAGAUAGCAUGUGGGGUCGAUUCUUCAAAAAUGCUGAACUGGAGAGAAUGUUGGAUCAAGAUCUGACACGCUUGUAUCCUGAAAGAGGCAGCUAUUUCCAGACAAGUGUAUGCCAAGGCAUUUUAAGAAGGAUUUUACUGCUCUGGUGCCUUAGACACCCAGAAUAUGGCUACAGACAAGGCAUGCAUGAAAUCUUGGCUCCCCUGUUAUAUGUUCUUCAUGGUGACGUGGAACAUCUGUCAGAAGUGAAAAGAGCAUAUGCUGACCACUUCGUUGAUAAAUUUGAUGGCUUCUCAUUUCAUGAAAAUGACUUGACAUACAAAUUUGACUUUAAGAAAUUCUCGGAGUCUGAGGGGGAUAAUAAUGGAACUGAAAACACUUCUGCAAAGCCUAGUAGUCUCAGUGAACUUGAUCCCGAGAUUCAAACUAUUGUCUUACUAAAUGAUGCUUAUGGAGCAGAAGGUGAACUUGGGAUUGUCUUGUCUGAGAAGUUUAUGGAACAUGAUGCCUAUUCUAUGUUUGAUUCUUUAAUGAGUGGAUCUGGUGGUGCCAUAGCAAUGGUCGAUUUUUACUCUCCUGCAGGGAAGUCACAUGCUGGAAGCCCUCCUGUUAUUGAAGCUUCUGCUGCCUUUUAUCAUUUGCUUUACAAUGUAGAUUCAUCUCUUCACACACACCUUGUAGAAUUGGGAGUUGAACCCCAGUAUUUUGCACUUCGCUGGCUAAGGGUAUUAUUUGGACGUGAAUUUUCUUUGGAAGAUCUUCUGGUAAUCUGGGAUGAAAUCUUUGCGCAUGAAAAUAAGGUGUCUAGUGCUGAUCUUGCUUGUGAUGCUGAAUCCACCUUUGCACUACUCGAGUCACCUAGGGGUGCAUUCAUUUGCGCUUUUGCAGUUUCUAUGAUACUUAACUUGAGGUCUUCAUUGCUUGCCACUGAGAAUGCUACUAUCUGUCUUCAGAGAUUGUUGAAUUUCCCUGAUGAUAUUAAACUUGUAAAGCUAUUGGCGAAGGCAAAAUCCUUGCAUGCAGUUGCCAGAGAUGCAAAGAAGUUAACCCCUAUGCCGAUUCAAUCUGAGUUAUAUGACAGGAAGAAGUCAAACUUAACUAGAGGCCAUAGCCUUUCUGUGGAUUCUUCUUCUCCAAAAUCUCCUCUAACUGUGGUACCUGAUAGCUACUGGGAAGAGAAAUGGAGAGUUUUGCACAAAGAGGAAGAAAAAAAGCAAAGUGCUGGAGAAGAUCAAGUUCCAAAUCGCAGAAAGGGUUGGUCCGAAAGAGUAAGACUCCGCUUGUCUAGGAAUGAAUCCCCUCCUUCCCCAUCAAAGAAAAAUGAAAGAACCAAAAUUCCGAAGCCAUCUGUCAGGAGAAGUUUGUUGGCGGAUCUUGCACGACAGCUCGGAGCAGAUGAAGAUGCUAAAGAGGAUACAGAAUCUGAUGCAGAUAUUGGCGUUGGGGGUUCAAUGGAAGCCAACGGAGAAGAUGGAUCUGAUAAAAACUAUGAGAGUUCUUCUAGUGCUGCUGGGAGUGAAGACAAUUAUUCCAACUUCUCAAAUCCUUCUGGUCCUAUUCAUGGAAGUAGUGAUAAUGAGAACGAAUUAGAAAGAAGUAGCAUUGCAUCAAACUCAUCAAUGGAUGAAAAUGACGUUCAGACGUGUGUUAAUAAUCCUGAAUGCUCCCCGCUGCCUGUCUCAAAUCUCCAAGAUGGCGCUUCAUCAUUUGAUGAAAAUGAUACUCAGAUGUCUUUUAAUAAUACUGAAUGCUCCCUUGUAUCUGUCUCAAGCCACCAUGAUGGCGCCUCAUCAAAACCAGACGGAAAUGAUGACUCUGCAGGAAAAUUAGCUACGGGGGUAAAGGAGAUUAAACAUCUAUCUGGAAAGUUUCAGUGGUUAUGGAAAUUUGGAAGGAAUCUCAACGAGGGCACAUCUGUGAGAACUGCUCCUGAGGAUGCAAAAGCUUGCAACAAUGGAAGUGAUCCGAACAAUUUAGUUGGUAUUUCCACUGCUGAUGCGUGUAACCGCUCAUCUGGAACCAGCAAGGGGGAGACAGUGGACCAAAAUUUGAUGGUUAGCUGGAAGAAUCUUGGUCAAUCCAUGAUUGAGAACAUUCAGGUACUGGAGUCUGUGUUCCAGCAGGACCGUGGUCAAGCUGGAGGAUCCUCGGACAACAUGUCGAAGAAUGGUCUAGUCGGGAAAGGACAGGUUACAGCCACUGCUGCGCUCAAAGAGCUCAGAAAGAUCAGCAAUCUUCUAUCUGAGAUGUGAUUUUGAUGAUAUUAUUAAUAUGUAUAUUCGGUUAUCAUUUCCCUCUCGAGUAAACACAAUAAACGGUCCUACGGCUUCUAUUGUGUUGUGGCCCAUCAUUUUUUUGUAUUACCAUUAUGUGGUUGGUUGUAUAUACAGACUUCUUCGAAAUAAAAGUUCAAGUGUAUUGAAAUCAA